AAAUAACUUCCUGGUGGCUAUAAUCACUGCUCGACUGAUAUCGUUCUCAUUUCUAAAGAAUACUUGAGACACAGAGCGCGACUUUGUCAUUAUGGCAUCUGGUUCAGCUCUUGUAGUGGCGGCCAUUGAUUUCGGCACGACCUACUCUGGCUGGGCGUUUUCCUUCAAGCAUGAGUUUGAACGGGAUCCAACAAAAGUAUCUGCAAAAACAUGGCGUGGGGGUCAGCUUUCUUCUCUCAAAGGACCAACCUGUGUGUUGAUCAAUCCGGACGGAAAAACAUUGGAGACUUUCGGCUUCGAAGCGGAGAAACGCUAUACGGAACUGGCGGAGGAAGAUGCCCACAAGAAAUGGUUCUACUUUAGGCGCUUCAAGAUGAGUCUUUGGAACAAGGUCUGUCAUGUAUCGCAAUACAAACUGGAAGACGAGAGCGGUAAAGAAUUACCUGCUAUGACGGUCUUUUCACUAUCUAUCAGGUUUCUUAAGGAUGAGCUUUUAAAGACAUCCGGUGACCAAAUAGGAGGAAAUGGCCUGGAACCGGAAGAUAUUCACUGGGUGCUGACAGUUCCCGCUAUUUGGAACGACGCCGCAAAACAAUUCAUGAGAGAGGCGGCCCAAGAGGCUGGAAUACUUCAAAACAUGUUGACAAUAGCGCUUGAGCCCGAGGCAGCCUCACUCUACUGCAGGCAUCUUCCAGUUGAGAAGGGAGAUAAUUCCAGGACUUGUCUCUCCAAAUUUGGCGCAGGAAAGAAGUAUCUUGUCCUCGACGCUGGAGGCGGAACUGUAGAUAUCACUGUACAUGAGGUUGGACCUUCUGGGGAUCUAAAGGAACUUCACAAGGCGAGUGGGGGCGCCUGGGGUGGCACGAAAGUCGACGAAGCUUUUAUGAAUUUUCUUGGGCAGCUUGCAGGACUUGACGUUAUUGAGAGAUUCAAAGAUGUAAACAUGGAGGAUUACAUAGAUUUGCUUCGUGACUUCGAAAUCAAGAAAAGGGACAUUGCUCCUAGCAAGGACUCGAAAGUCACAAUCAAAUUACCUAUUGCCCUAUCGGAGUUAGUAAGGGAGAUGAAAGGGACAGAGUUAAAGAGUAAAAUUCAGCAGUCGGGACUUGGAGAAAAGGCUAAACUAACUGGCGACAAGCUGAGAUUAGAAGCAAGUGUGGUGAAGACAUUCUUUCAAACGUCAAUCAGCAGUUGCGUGAAGCAUGUCUCGGACCUUCUCGAUGAACCCGUCAACCAUGGGGUUCAAGCGAUUUUGAUGGUCGGUGGUUUCUCGGAGUCACCUAUGCUGCAAGAAAUGUUCAAAAUCAAAUUUCCAAAAUUAACGAUCAUUACACCACCCGAGGCUGGACUUGCAGUUUUGAAAGGAGCUGUGAUAUUUGGCCACAGCCCCAAAAGCAUUUCAGAACGAGUUAGCAAGUACACAUACGGAACCGACAUUACGGUUCCAUUUGAUGAGAGCAAACAUCCAUGGUCGAAAAGGAAAGAAUACAAGAAUGGCGAAGUUAGAUGUAAUGAUAUAUUUUCAAAACUCGUAGAACUUGGACAAACCAUGAUAGUCGGGCAGCCACAGGAUGCACAAAAUUUCACACCGAUAUUUGAUGAUCAAAAGUCGAUGUCAAUGAACAUAUAUGCGGCUCAAAGCAAGGAUCCUAAGUUUGUUACAGACUACGGAUGCCAGCAGAUUGGAUCCUUCAGUGUCCCAAUGACCGGAACUGGGACUGACCGGUCAGUUACGGUGCGAAUGACUUUUGCGGGGACGGAGAUCGACGUAGAGUGUAAACAGAAGGACACAAGCAAUGUUACUCACCUCAAAGUGGACUUCUUGUCGUAAACAAAAGAAUGACUUGGUUGUGUUGGAAAUAGAAGUAUUAUUUUAACAUUAUAGCUUUAUCAGUGUUAAAAAUGAAGUACACGACCUUGUUUCACAAAAUAACUGAUGGCGUAUAACAAACGAAGCAGACCUUUCGCCAUCUGAUUGGACUGUUAUCAUUAUUUUUAACAGGAAUAUAGGAUUUUAGGCGGGUUAAUAUUUUCUCAUCUUAGAUUUUUCAUGAAACGCAAAGAACCAAAGACAAUAAGUAAACUAAACUGCAAUACCCUUCUUAAAUGACUAAGUAUUAAGCACAUAAUACGCAUUCAGUUAUCGAAAAACUAGCUGUUUCCUCUUAUGUAAAAAUGCAUCUGUGUUAUUCUGUUUAGGCAUAUGUACCGAGAACUGUAGAGUAUGUACAAUAGUCAGAAGGUAGUGUUGUUUGCAAACUUUCAAAAUGACUACGCCCUGUAGAUAAUUGUAUAAAAUAAAAUUGGGUUUUAAUCUGUGUUUCUAAAACUACCGAAAUGAAAAGCAUUUACAAAGGCUGACGAUAAGGCGACUAUAAACAAAUUGCUAGAUUUUCAUUCCCGCCCGUCCAAAUAAAAAUGACUGGAACUUUGGUCUGUAUUUGCGUAUCGGUCCGGUACUGUCCGUGAACGGCGUUUAUUCAGACGGUGUCAAUGAAUAACACUCACAACUAAAAAAG